AAUUAAAACGAAGGAAAUCGGAUACAAAUUGAUAAGAACAGGCCGGUUUACUGGGACAGAAAGACGCAAUUUCGCCGCCACCGAUAGAGGGCGCCUUAACGUCAUAGUAAUGCUGUUUAUUUAUAAAAUAAUGCUGUAGAAGUAAAGCACACAUAUCUACAUGAUUGUAUACCAAAAGUCACCAAGAUCUGAGAUGUUGUCAAAUUUCGGUCGGAUUUGAGCGUGUAGUAAACAUAUAUCAUCGUCUUAAAAUAAAAAAAGUUAUUUUAAAACGCUUCAGAGUUCAUUAACUUCGUUUUAAGGAAUUAUGGAACUAGAUUUGGAACCGGAAGAGAGAGACGCACGUGCGGAGUUUGAUGCUAUUGAGCGGCAAAAACAGCGGAGGGAUGCGGAACCGCUGCUAUUGUGUAAACUGAUAACACAAUGGCCAGUUCGAGCUUUUGUACUGACCUUGUCAGGACAUAUUGCUAUGAUCGCAACUACAGGGAUCUUAUAUCUAUCCGGAUAUGACAUCAUGCCCUUGUGUUUGGACGACGUCCCUAUGCGGCUAGUAGAUGAACCCUGGGACGCUCGAUGGUUCGCUUGGACUGAUCGGACAAAGUAUGACGGUUAUUAUACUCGGGGCGGUACCAAUGCUGGGUUUCGAACUUCUGAAGCUUGGUAUGCUUCCAUGGACAUGUUUUACGAAGACGUUGAUGGUGAUAAUAUUUUCACGAAACGGUCGCUUUUGAAAUGAAGAAAAUUGAAGACGAUUUAAUGAACGCAGAUGACUACACAAAAUUUUGUAAACUCGAUCAUCAGACCCGACAGUGUGUUAAACCUCAGUCCGUGCUAAGAUAUUUUGACGGAACGUUUGUAGAUAUAGACCCUGUAUUCAAUGAUACAGCAUUUGAAAAUGUUGAUAAUGUUCUGUAUAUGGCCGCAACACACAACGCAACAAGGGAUGGUUUUAGAUUUUUUCUUGCAAUUAAGCACGAGACUACACAGAAUACAGUGACGUCAAAGAUGACGCGUUCUAUCGUCUCAUUUGGGUUACCACACGAAGAGUACGGCUCCAGUGACUACGAAAUGGAAGCCGAAAAGUUUUCCGGCGACAAAUUGAAACCAAUUCUUGAGAAAUAUGAAGAUACGUCUGAAUUUAAGUUUUCAUAUCGGUCCGAGGCUAUUUGGAUGUACAGCGCAAGAAACCAAGCCAUGGAAGACGUGCUCUGGGCGGGGGCAAGCAUGGCGUUCAUAUUUCUUGUAAUUCUGUUGCACACGAGGUCGCUUUGGAUAGCUGGAUUUGCAAUUUUAAGCAUUUUUGCAAGUUUCUUUACCGGAAACUUGAUUUAUAAUUUAGUAUGUCGUUUCGAUUACAUUGGAUAUUUCCACAUCCUGUCACUUUUUGUCAUUCUAGGAAUUGGAGCAGACGAUGUGUUUGUGUUUUACGAUAUUUGGCGGAAUUCCGCAUGUGACGAGUAUCUGUCAGUUGCUCACAGGUUAUCAGAUUGUUAUAAGAGAUCAGCUUUUAGUAUGCUUAUCACCUCACUUACAAAUGCCGUUGCGUUCUUAUCAACUGCAAUAUCACCUUUACUUGGGACAAGGUCAUUUGGUGUAUUUUCAGCUUUAUUAAUUGUCGUAAACUACCUCUCAGUCAUACUUUACUUUCCGACAGUUGUUAUCAUGUAUCAUACUUAUUUUGAAAAAGCAACAUGGCCGUGCUGUUAUCCGUGGCAGAAGGGUUCCGAUCAUGAAUCCGCAGACGAUAAAAACGACAAGAAGGAACGCGCUAAACAUUAUAGUAAACCGGAUGUUGAAAGUGAAAAGCAUGAAGAUGAAAUAUUUGCUUCAAGAGUGAAUCCAGUAUAUGAACCGGAUGUACCUGUAAAUCAAAACUACCAUUGGUCGAGAAGUUUUGACGAUAACCAAAUACCGCCUAAACAUCGAUCGGGACAAGAAAAUGGUUAUCAGUCAUAUCUAAGAAACGGUGAUUGGCGAAUAACAGGUAGUUAUCGGCUUUAUUCACCAGGUCAUACGCAACAACCAAAAAGAAACCGGCAAGCGUCAAAUGAUCGAAAACAAAACGGCGUGAUGGUAAAUAAGAUUCAAAAUCACGUGUCAUAUCUUGACAGUAAAUCGAAAAGUUUAUCUAAAAAGCGGAAAAAGAAGUCGAUAUUUGUUCGUUUCUUUCGGAAUUAUUAUUUCCGAUUUGUGACACACAAGGUUAUAAGAUGGUUGAUUAUUCUUGUACUGGCAGGAGUUUUGGCUUUCUUCAUCUACCAGGCUUCACAAAUCGAGCCCGAUAAUAAGCUGUUUAAUAUACUACCAGACGAACAUCCGCACAGGAAGGCCUACUCGCAUAAAUUAUAUUCAUUUUUGUCCUCACUUGGGGAAGGAACUGGUUUGAUGUCCGUUCAUCUGUUGCUGGGAGUUAAACAAAACGACCUCUCUAUCUGCCACUUUUCAGAUCCCGUGUGUACGGGAAAACAAGAAUGGGACCCGGACUUCAACCCAAACUCAGAGGAGGCGCAAUUGGCACUGAUGGGCUUAUGUGAGAAACUACGAACUUUACCUGAAGCGGAGGCCAAAGAAUUACACAUAAAGAAAAAUCCCAACACGGGAGAAUACAACAUAAAAUGUUUCAUGGACAAUCUGCAAACAUUUCUGCAGGUAGAGUCCAAACGGGAUGGUAAAAAUUGGAGUUUACCUUUCACCAAGGAGCGGGUGGACAGCUUUAUUGCAGACAAACCCCAGUUUUACAACAGCAGUGUGUUCACAGCAGAGUUCAACAAUAAUCUGGAAGUUGCAAUAUCGUACUGGCUAACAAAUAAAUAUACAAAUGAAUAUACUAGUGACUUCUACAAGUUCGAUCAGCUGAUUGGAGAAAAAACUGGCCCCUUUAGUUCACCUGUCAUCAAUAAAACAGAUAUGAUGUACGGAAAUGAUUUGAAGUUUCUUGCAAUAUCCGUUGGUACUGAUAUACAGGCGAUGUUGCUGGGUUAUAGAGAAGGUGACCCGAUAAUGGAAAGUUGGGAACAAUUUCUCAAUAAACAGCUCAACAAUAUGCCGAAAGGAUUGAAAAUUGGAUUUCAAACUUCAUCGCAUGAACGUUGGAUCUGGAUUACAAGACAAAGGUUGCUCGUGGAUAAUGCCAUCUACGGUAUCGUGAUAGGAUUGUGUCUGGCGUGUCCAAUUCUGAUAAUUGCCACCGGAAACGUGAUAACCGGACUACUUGCCACAUUUUCUCUGUGUUGUACAACAGUGUGCGUCAUAGGUGUCAUUGUGCUAGGAGGCUGGAAAUUGGGGAUGAUAGAGGCCAUGAACAUGUGUAUGGUCGUAGGUUUAUCAGUGGACUAUGUUGUUCAUCUCGCGGAAGGAUACACACUCUCGCUACAUACCGGUCGUCUGUCACGUGUCCGAGACAUGUUGGAUUUAAUGGGCGUAUCAGUAUUCUUUGGGGCGUGUACGACUUUAGGUGCUUCGCUUUUCAUGUUUUUCACAGUUCUUUCGUUCUUUUCACAAUUCGGAACAUUCCUGUUUUCAACAAUCGGAUUUUCAUUAGUGUUUUCAAUGGGUCUUUUUGUAACACUUCUUGGUAUAAUUGGACCGGAAGGAAACACCGGAAAUGUGCUGGCGUUCUUUAGACGGGUUUGUGGUGAGAGAAGUCGGCGCCGAAAGAGCAGACGAGACGCCAGGCAAAAUAAAUAAACACAAAUUAAGCAUUAUAUUUCAUAUAAUUUUAUGAUUAUAUAAGAAUACAGACAUAUGUCCCUUGCGU